GCAGGAACAUUUUUAAUCAGUGACACAACAUGGAUUUGACCAAAACGGGGGGUUGCAACAGCCUCAUCAAGAGCAGACGGAGUUAAAAUCUUUGUGUUAUUGGGACAGUUGUUAAUAUGAGGCACAUUUAGGCUUAAACAAACAGCGUCCUAGAUUUCAUUUCCAUCCCAAAGUUUUAUUUUAUCACAGCUCAUACUGGAUGUAAAACCACUGCUGGAACGCGCAGACGUCCGUGUUUCUAUUGGCUGUCCGCAGCGUCGCUCACAGGAAUGACGAUUUUGCUGCUAUAACCAGCUGAUGCUGAGGCUACGAACACGGAGCCUCUGAAGAACUGUUGACGGUACAUGGAUACCCAGUCAUCGACGUUAUGCCCGCGGAUUCGGUCUCAUCUCCAUCCAGAAAUUGAGUACAACUGUGUGGACGUUUGGAUAAGAGCGCAAGAAGGACAACCCCAAGAAAUGGAAUAAAAAGAGAGUCAACUGAAACAACUUGAGUCUGAGCCAUAAAUAAAAGAAACUGACAUUUAGAAGCGUAAGGCUUGAAGAGGGGUUGUAGCGUGACGAAGAGAGAAGCUGAAGUCGAAGAGGAAUGAAGAUGGGGUGUGGUCAGACGGUUGCCACAUUUCUCCCAGACUCUACAGUUCACUCCGUACGCCGCCGGUCAAAGCAGGAGCCUCCCUUCUAAAACCAGAGCAGCUUGUUUCACCUGCUGGAGGAACCCCCGCCCUCGGUGAUGUGAUGAAUAAGUUUGAAGUUCUUGGCAUUGUGGGAGAAGGAGCAUAUGGAGUGGUGCUUAAGUGCAGGCAUAAGGAAACCAACGAGCUGGUGGCCAUUAAGAAGUUCAAAGACAGCGAAGAAAAUGAGGAGGUCAAGGAGACGACCCUUCGGGAGCUGAAGAUGCUUCGGACGCUGAAGCAGGACAAUAUCGUCGAGCUGAAGGAAGCCUUUCGCAGGAGGGGGAAACUCUACCUUGUGUUUGAAUAUGUUGAGAGGAAUAUGCUGGAGCUGUUAGAGGAACUGCCCAACGGUGCACCGCCUGAUAAAGUCCGCAGCUACAUCUACCAGCUCAUCAAAGCCAUCAACUGGUGUCACAAGAAUGAGAUUGUGCACAGAGAUAUCAAACCAGAGAACCUCCUCAUCAGCUCGGAGGAUGUUCUCAAACUCUGUGACUUUGGUUUUGCUCGUAACCUGUCUGAAGGAACAGAUGCCAAUUAUACUGAGUAUGUGGCCACAAGGUGGUACCGCUCACCUGAGCUGCUGCUGGGGGCUCCAUAUGGGAAGGCGGUGGACAUGUGGUCGGUGGGGUGUAUCCUCGGGGAGCUGAGUGACGGACAGCCUUUGUUUCCAGGGGAAAGUGAGAUUGAUCAGCUCUUCACCAUCCAGAAGGUCCUGGGGCCACUUCCCGCUGAACAGAUGAAACUCUUCUACAACAACCCUCGCUUUCAUGGAAUCAGGUUUCCCUCAGUUACUCAUCCUCAGACUUUGGAGAGAAGGUACCAAGGCAUCUUAAGCGGUUUGAUGUUGGAUCUGAUGAAGAACCUGCUGCUACUAAACCCUACGGAGCGUUAUCUGACGGAGCAGAGUUUGAACCAUCCAGCCUUCCAGCCUCUGAGGCAGAUAGAGAGAGAGAGGCCUCCUCCUGCCUCUCCCAACCCGCCGCGCUCCUCCAAGAGGAAAACACACCAUCACGGAGAAAACACAGUUCCUACAAGGAGUCACAGUAAAAGCACGAGCCACCGUCGCUCCAACAGCAAAGAAUGUUCAAGCCUCCCUCGCCAUGGAGACCUCCAUCACCUUGGCAACGAGAGUUUCCUCAAUGGUAACAAACCAGCCCCGUCCAGUUUAAGUCCUACGCUCCACCCCAAGAGCCAGUACAUGUCCCAGACUCUGAAUCGUUCUGCCUCAUCCAGCAAAGAUCUGGCUAAUAACAACCUGCCACACCUCCUCAGUCCUAAAGAAGUCAAAGGCAAGACAGAGUUUGAUUUCAGCUUAGGACCCUCACCAAAGCUGUCAGACCAGGGACACGGCGCAAAAUACGGCCACAGCAAGCCCAGUUCCUCCCGCUCUCAGCAGCAGCAGGCCGGCCGCCACACCUUCCUGGAAGGCAAGACCAACACGCUGCAGUCUGGAGGAGAGAAACAACAUGGCCGACAUGCCCACAGUAUGGCCGACUCUGCUCAUGGUUCCAUGUCCUCCUCUUCUAAAAGUUCAGCGUCUUAUCUCAGCCUGUCCAAGAGCCACAGCGCACUGAGUGACGCCAAAUCUGUAGGGAACCUCAGCGAUGGCCGACUCCACCCAGAUGACCCAAACUCCAACACGACAGCUGGGGUGGGACCCGGCGCUCGCUUCUUCCCUGCUAGCUGUUUAGACCUCAACACCCCUUCAGGUCCUCCAGGGCCGCCCGGCAGCCCCUCUGCACGACACAGUGAUCGCUCCGGGCAUAGCCCCGCCUCUCGUAGCAGCGGCAACGUCCGUAUGGAGAGCAGCACACUUGACUCUUCCUCCAGACACAAAUCGAGACAUAAAUCCAUGGCACCAGAGGAGGCCAAUGCUCCGGAGCUCUUAGACCCAGGAGGACCGGGGAUGCCCUCCACUCACACCCUGCCUUCCCCACAUGAAUCUUACCAUUACGGACUGGGUUAUACGUCCCCAUUCUCCUCUCAGCAAAGGCCUCAGCGCCACUCCAUGUACGUAAGAAGAGAGCGCCACAGACCUCAUGGAGUUGAAAGUGGGAUGGCAGGCUUGCCUCCACCAGGACAGGCGAUACCGACACGUGCCAGCAGCUUGCAGCUCCUCUCCCCCCAACUCCAGCACCGGACCACCCUGACUGGGCACUCAGUGAGCUCUUCAAGAGAGGACUGCACUGAUGACAUGACAAGGAGUGAGCAGUCCCCUAAAGACAUGAGCCAUCCUUGUGGCCCCAUCAAAGACUCUACGAGGGACAACACUGCUGCUUUUCAUACACAGCGCUCUAAAAAUGAGGUUGGUAUGUAUCACGACCCUCACGGUGAGGAUGGAGGGUCCUCCAAGGAGAACCGGAUGAUCUUCACUGAGUCCAUGCCUCGAAGAGUUGGCAGCUUCUACAGAGUUCCCUCCCCCAGACCGGAUAACUCCUCUUCUUUCCAUGAUGGUGUUGGGCAGGGUCGAGGGCCGGUCGUACCCGGUGACCCUGUUGCCAUGGCCAAUCACUCCAAACGCCAGACUGCUUUUGACUGGUCUGCCGCAGAAGCAAUGGUCAUGAAUCCUCCAGAGCCCACCAAAGAGAAGGAGAAACAAGGCUUCUUCAGAGCCAUUAAAAAGAAAAAGAAGAAGACACAAAUAACGGACAUGGAGGACGGGAGGAACCCCAGCAUCAAGAAAAGCCUUUUCCCCCUCUUUAGCUCUAAGAAUAGCUUAAAGCACAACUCAGCUGUCAAAGUCCUACCUGUAGUCGCCUCGCCUAUGGUACAACACCAGCCUACUGCACCCUACCCUGCCUCACCAGUACCUGGUAACGGACAAGAACACCUGUCCCUGCAGAGGAGCUCCAAGUCGUCCUCUCACCACGGCAGCCGUCGGAAAAACCGUGAGCGAUCCCGAGACAGAGACCGGGAACGGGAACAGAGCCGGGACAGAGAUCGAGACAGAGAGAGGGAGAGAGAACGGGAGAGAGAAAGAGAGAGGGAAAGGGAGAGAGAGAGGGAAAGAGGGAGGGAGAGAGAGAGAGUGAAUGACUGGCCACCAGAGAAACCAGUGGACUCACACUCUCAGAGCCAACCACUCAAGUCACUUCGCAGGCUCCUUCACCUCUCCCCUUCUUCCUCAAACCAAGGACAGCCUCCUCCUCCUCCUCCUCCAGACCUGCGCUUCCAACCCCCCCUCCCCAACCCGCCUCAGCCCUCCUCCAAAACGGGCUACCCUGAGAGCCGAGGGCACGCAGAGAGCAGGGGGCACUCCGGGGUGAGCAGCUCAUCCCAGGCUAAGAGCCGCAAGGCCAGCUACCCCCUCCCUGGGCAGAUCGAGUCCAGCUGGCACGUGUCCGCUUUACAGCGGGCGGAGGGCGCACAGUUCACCCCUGAGCAGCUGGGCAUCAAACCGGGGCAGAACGGACCCACCUUUACCCGCGCCUCUCGCACCAGGAUGCCAAACCUCAACGACCUGAAGGAGACCGCGCUGUAAACCCCCCUCCCCCUCCCAACCAUACCACCUCCAAUACGGCUCCAUCCUGGAAGCAUCUGCCGGAUGCAGACAUCGCGGUACUGUAGUUAAAGUUUACAUGAAAGCCUAUUUCACUGGAUCAAGUCCUCAUUCAGAAACGCAGUUAUCUGUUGAUGCUCAUGUCUCUGAAACCUACAUAGACUAGACGCUGACAGGCCAGACACAAACACCAGGAACAGUGUCAUUUAGGGAAUCAAAGACAGGUAUCAGUUGUAUGUUAUUCUCUCUCUACUUAACAAGGUUAGAACAUCAGAACAAGCUGAUCUUUCCUGUCGAGGAGACACUGCCCAUGUGGCCUCUCUCCUGCCAUCUUCUGCUCACAAGACACUACUGCAACACAUCAGACCACCGCUGUCACACCGGUGGCCAAUAAACUCAAAAUGUUUUUCAAGCUCUGAUAUUUGAUAAGAACAAAAAAAAAAAAAAAAGAUUUAUAUCAACAUUAUUUAUUAAAUAUUUAUUUGUUUUAAAUUCAAGGAUAUAAGCUAUAAAUGACACAGUAUGUAGGCUAUAUGGGAAUAUUAUAAGGUAAUAUAGAAUUAAAUGUGUAAUUGCAAGAGCUUUAGUUUCGACACAAAGAAAUGCAUAGAUAUUUAUGUGUUGAUAAUACAAUAUGUCACAAGGAAUAUUUAAUGGUGAAUGUUCUUUUUGUUCAAUUUGAUAUUUUAUUAACAGAUUUUCAUGUUAUAACAUGUUAUUUCCCCCCUUUUUCCUGUUUGUUUCAUCGAGAUGUGAAGAAAUAUUUAAAAAUACUCAUCGCCCGAAGUGGAAAAAAAAACUCUGACAUUACAUCUAGUUCAGAUAUGCUCCUAUCCAACACCUUCAUGACAUCAGUUUUGAACAUUUUUGGGCUAUUUGUCAACAGGGUUUGGUAGCAGAACAGCCAGAGUGAGACUGUUAGGCUCUGUGCUUUACAUAAUUGUCACUUCACUAUAUGUCCCACUCUGAUUUUUAAAAUAAGCCCCAUUUUCAGUCUCUCGGUUCUUUUAUCAGUGACAACAGCUUUCCAGCUCCUUGCUGCCAUGUUUUGUCGACAGCCUUAACAGCAAGUAACGGGCAUCAAGAGUUUGGUGCCCGUUGGUGGUGAAAAGUUAGCCUCUUGAAAUGGGGUUUGACUAACUCAGAUACAACAUCAAAGUCUUCAAGAUAGUAGGAGAGCCCUUUUCAAAAAGGCAUACCUCACCUACAACCUUUAAGAUCUUAAAGGAUAGGUCUGGUAAUGUUCUGUGUUUUUAUUGUCAACAAAUCCCAUGAAAAGACAAAAAUGAAUGAUUAAUUGAUCCUUCUAACUACUAAUGAAUUAUUUCCUGUCUAGCCAAGGUCUGAUAUUUUCCUGUCCUGUGUGCCAAAGAGUUCAUUUGUUGUCCAAAAACUAUUAAAAAACACAUCACUUAGUCACACCAUUGCACUGGGUGACACUUUCCUUUAUUAUGAUUAGCAUGGGCACUGUAGUUUAUUUUGAAUCGGUCCCACCUACAUCAUUCUGCUGUCACCAAUUGUGUAUCAAUCCGCUACUGAAAAUAAUCCCCAACAAAUGCAAUAUUUACUCCUGUUUAUGUAACUUUUGUUAAAAAUGACAGUGCCCACCUGUUUCAGGAAAUUAAUUAUUAAUUUUUAAAAAAUGAAAGUCUAUAUUUGUGACCUGUUUUUAAAGAUUUACAUCUUCAGUAAGAAUAAAUGGGCUGAGAGCCACGAACAUGGUAGGGAAGUUUGAUGUUCGGUCUUUUCAAGGGAUUUGUUGACUAUAAGUAAGAUAUGGAAUAACACCAGACUCAUCCUUUAAUGCGUGUUUACAUUUUUCUGUGUGUAUUUUAAAAGCUUGUGUUAUCAAAAGUUUUUGUAAAUGCAUUUUGUAAAUCUGAAUUUGGUUUUCCUAAUUGCAUUACAACUUUCCUUUGUAACAUCAAUAGCCAUAAUCAGGGAUGAUUUUAAUUAACUAGGUUGUUCAUAAAAGCAUUUACUUGU